AUGUCAGGUAUUGUCCAAGUCGGUGUAGGCUGCAUUAUCAAACAUCAGUUUCAAGAUGGUUUAAAGUUCUUGAUUGCACAAAGAAAGAAUUCUCAUGGUGAAGGAACAUGGCAACUGGCAGGAGGCCAUUUAGAAUUCCAAGAAUCACUUGAAGAAUGUGCGCGUCGAGAAAGUAUGGAAGAGACAAAUCUAGAUAUAGGUGAACCCAAGUUACUGACAACAACCAAUGAUAUUAUGGAAACGGAUAAUAAACAUUACGUUACGGUAUUUAUGCAGUCCGAGAUCAAGGAUCCUACCGCGUUGAAAGUCAUGGAACCUCAUAAAAUUCAAGGCGAUUGGCAAUGGGUCUCCUGGUCUGAACUGACGAAACGCACUCCUUUGUUCUUACCCUUGGCACACCUGGUACAAGUAGUUCAACAAGAUCCUGAACUCCGUCGCAAACUUGGUGUACAGUAGCUUAUACAUUUAUAUAUUAGAUUAGAUGACAUCGUUUUACAUGUAUCAAUAUAUUGAGAUAAUCUUCAUUCUCUCUUAGUUUAGUACUAGAUAAUACAAUGCCCUUCAAUAAAAAAAAAAAAUUGUUCAACUUC